CGCGUGCACUCUGGCGCCGUGUUUUUCGGUACCGAAGACUACAUUUCUCAUGUUGUUUUCAGCUCACCUGUGCUGCUAAUUUAUGUGGGAAUGGAGUCGUUUAACCAGCUGCUGUUGGACUAUCCGGAAUUGAUGUACAGCGGAGUCGGAGCUACAGCUGUUGCUGCCGGCGGAGCGCUCAUAUACAAAAUUGCCACCAGAAAGAAGCCCAGCCAUGCAAACGUAAAUUGCUGGUUCUGCAACAAGAACACAGUGGUUCCUUAUGGAAACAGAAACUGUUGGGACUGUCCUUACUGCGACCAGUAUAAUGGCUUCCAGGAGAAUGGGGAUUACAACAAACCAAUACCAGCUCAGCACAUGGAGCAUCUAAACCAUGGAGUGACUGGUACCCUGCCUUCAGAGCCACCAAAAACACUACAGUGGGUCAACUGCCAAAUGCUCCUGUGCAGGAAAUGCAACAACAACCAGACUGUGAAGAUAAAACAGCUGGCCUCAUUUAUUCCAAGGGAUGAUGAGAACUAUGAUGAGGAAAUUGAAGCAUACAAGCAUCACCUGGAGCAGACUUAUAAGUUAUGUAGGCCAUGUCAGACAGCAGUGGAGUAUUACAUCAAAUAUCAAAACCGCCAACUUCGAACCGUGCUCCUAAACCAUAAGCUUCGACGCAGUGGAGAAUCGGACAAGGGCUUCAUAAAGAGCUCCUAUUCUGUGUCUUCUCCCGCAGGGGUCAUACUGUUGCGGGCCCUCACCUUCCUGAUGUGUGCUUUUCUAGUUGCUACAUCAUUGUUUGACUUGCCAUACCAGUCUGCUUCGCUUAGUGGGACACCAACACUCAGUGGUGUCAUUCCUCCAAAGCCUAAACCCCACAAUGAAUCCAUCGCCAACAACGAAAGCAGUGUUGCUGUGCCUGUAUGGCAGGGUCUGCUGGAGCUGCUCCCAGACCAGGCGGUGGAAAGUGCCAAGCUGAUUUUGCAGCAUGGAAAGGACAACCAGCUGGCUGUAGUAUCGGUUGGCCUGUUGACUUGUCUUACUGCUAUCUUCUUAGCAGGACCUGUGAGGUUGAGGAGAAUUGAUGCUGUGGCGUCUGUCCUGUGGUUCCUCAUCUUGUGCCUCUACCUGGCUGAGAGCUACCUGAGUGAUACUUUGGACUGGAUGGACACAGCCAAGCUCACCACCGCCUCCCUCUGUUGCCUAGUCAGCUUUGCAGCUGCUGUGGCAACUCGCAAACCGCUGGGUUCAAGAAGAGCCAGAUAUCGAAGGUCAGAAUCUGAGCAGUAAUGUUCAAAUUGUGUUUGAAGCAUAGGGAGUUGAGUCCUCUUCCUAUGAGACAUUUGUGCUCAUUAGAACCAAAUGAGCACAAAUCUCACAAUCUAUAACCGUUUCUUAACAGAACAAGGGACAAGCUGUUUUUAAUUCACUUUUUCUGUAAAACAAUGGUUUUUAAUUACUGAUGUGUGUGAAUGACUGUGGGGUUAUGAUAUGUGAAUGGCAAAGUUAAAGCGUAGGAUUGUGUGUGUGGCCCAUAACGGUAUCAAAAGAGCAGUGCUGCUUACCACAUCAAAACCUCACCUUCAAGCACACAUUUACAUGGUCCACAGUUGUCUCUUGUGUAAAGAAUUUUAAAAACAUUUAAUAGGAAGGGGUAUUCUUGCACAAAAAUAAGAUGGUAUGAUGGGAAAUGCACACAAUUCUUAAUCCCUCUGAUUGGUAAAAAGGAUUGUUGCAUGACAACAAAGUUCUUAUUUUUGGACUGUUUCAAGAUAAACUGACUAGAGACUGAUUUCUGAAAUUAAGGAGUCAUGUAAUCAUAAAUUAGUCCAGAAUUAUUCUGAAAUCAAUCAAGACUUUACUACAGAAGGUAUUUUUUGGGAAAUUGUACUAUACUUUCUCUUAUUUUCUCUUAAGUAUUUAUCCUGUUUGUUAAUCUAUAUGCUUAGAUUUAGUUAAUUCCUAAUUAACUGUACCACACAUGUGGUGGGUGGAUAUUAUAACAUUUCAGUACCAAACUGGCAUUUAAUAAAACUAUGUAUUCUACAUUAUGCUAGAAAAUUUAUAAGCAUUUUGAAUGUACUCAUUUAUUUAUUAACACUUUGGUGUAGCUGUGGGUUUGAAAUAAUUUACUAACUACAGCUCAUUGCAUGAAAUACUAAUCUGUGAAGACACUGCAGGCCAAUCUCAAAGAUGUGGUUUUUGAAUAAUCACAUCCAUCCUAUAUUGCGCCAAUCCAUCUACAUUUUCUGAGCAAAGAAUGACCUUGGAUAAUUCAAAAAAGUAUUCAUCCUGAGUCCUGUGAAGCCACUACUGAUCACUUCUGAAGGAAGAGCUGGAAGCGUCUCCCUGUGUGAUUUCUUUGUAGUGACGUGGCUGCCAUUCUGUGAUUAUUGAUCAAUAGUUGUAAUUGUAGCUUCUUUUAUUUUAUUUUUUUACUGUUUUCCAAUGAGAAAGUUAAAACACAGUCGUGUGAAGUAAAUGCCAGAGUCUCUAGUUCUAGUUCUACUCUUCUCCUGCCUUCAUUGUUCUGCUCUCAUGCCACUGUGAUUUCUAUUUGGGUUCAGUUUUUUUCUCUGCCUUAAAAGUAAGCACAACCUCAUUGCAAACCAAUAAUCCCUGCAAAACAUUUUUGCUUUGUGUAGUGUAUUUUAAUAGUUUUUGUUAUUCUCUUUUGUGCCCAAAGCUGAUGCCUAAAAGUAUUGCCAAACUAUCAGUUACUUUGCUUGCCUUGGCCUUUAUUUUGAGUUGAUCAUCUCUGCGUCCAUAUAUGCAUUCUAUUUUACUAUUUACUAUACCAGAAAUGGAUAUAGUAUGUACAAUGCACUUUGCAAAUAAUACCAGUCAUGGUUUUCUGGCUUCUGACCCACAACCCCCUGUUUCACGGUCAAACGGUCAAAGUUCAAGGUGUUAUGUUGUGAGUAAGUAGUAUUUCCCUAUUGUAUGCAUACUGCAACAGUACAUGCUUGGUAAAGGCAGCUAUACAGUACAUGGUAAAAAGUAGUAUGCCAUGUAGAACGCACCUAAGCAGAAGCCUCUUGUGGCCUUGUAUUAAUUCUUGAACAUAUAAAUAUUAUGGAGUGCUCAACUUUGCAACUGAAUAUGGCCAUUGGUCGGAAAUAUUGCUCAUGCAAUUUAAGGCAGAACAAAUUCGGUAGCAUUGUAAGUACUACACGUGCAUGGGUUGCUUGUCUAGGCAAGAUUUCCGAUUUUCAAGUAAUAUAAAAUCAAGUGAGAAGCUGGACUGUCACCUUUUUCAUGCUUUUUAACAAAGAAGGCACACCAGGUUUGUAUUUUAAAAAAUCUGCAUUGCAAUUUAAUUAUUUUAUUUAUUUAUUUAUAUAUAUAUAUAUAUAUAUAUAUAUAUAUUUAAUUAUUUCUGUGUGUUUAGCGCUCAAUAACUGCUUCACUUCAUCACCUUGCAUGUUGUAUUAAAACACUGUUGGACCUGCUAGUUGCAUGCACUCACGUUUUGCCUCUCCCCAAUUUAUAUCCAUUAAACAUUUUUUCUUUUACUUUGUUGAAUGUAUUAAGUGAAGAGGGAUAUUUAUUUAAAGUAAUGUGAAAAGGUGGUACUAACUAGAGCUUGGUAUCUGUGUUCAUACCUUUUUUUUUUUUAAAUAAGGUAUCGACCAAAAUAACCCAGUACCCCUCCAGUCAAACGAUACCUGCAUUUGAUCCUUUUUGUACCCAGAGCUAGAAAAAAUAAGUUCUGUAUGAUUUUGCUCGCAGCAAAUCACUGCAGUUUGGCAGCUUUCAGCAAGCCAGGAUGCCACCAAAACAUUGGACAAUAAGACUAUACAACAAGCCUGUGACGUCUGAAAUCGAAUGCUUUGAUUCACAUGAUGGGUUACGAUUGAAGUAAAAAAACCAAAAGGGUAUCAAAUGAAUUGCUCUAGUAUUGGUAUCAUCGUGAGGGUACUGGUGUUAUAAUUUUUUUAGUGAUACCCAGCCCUGUUAAAAACUAGUGCUGUAGAAGGUUUUUAUAGAUUGUAUUUGGUGGGUGGAGUCUGUAACUGUGAGCUUAAAUUUCAUGUUGUGCUGUCCUGUAGUUGGAGUGACGUUCUCAAACCAGCGCCUCCGAUGCAGUAGUUGCAGAGCUUUAAUUAAAAAUUAAAUACUUUGCAACGAAAGUGCUGCCAACUGUUAGAUGUGAACAUCCUGAUUGUAGGAAAGUAUUUCCUCUGGAUAGUAUUUUUACGACUGUAUUUCCAAGCUAUUAAGCUGUGAUUUGACUUUUCUGUCUGAAAAAUCCAAUUGAAUAUUGGAUUGCAAUAUUGCAUUUGCAGAUCAUGAUGUUUUGAUAGUGACAGCUAUUGAUUCAUCAUGCCAUAGCAUCUAUCAGUAAUUACUACUUUUUGGUACUUUUUAACCUUUUUAAUAGACUGCAUCAUGCGACAAACUGCAUCUUAAACUUUUGACAAAGAUAAUAUUUCAUCAAAAUUAAAACAUGCCACACCACUCUUCUCCAGUGCACCAUACUUUAUUUUGCCUUUAUCUACCCUGAUGAAGGCGAAAAAAAGUGUUUGAAUAAUUAUGGUGUACAGGGGAAACAUUGUGUGACUAGUUUUUUAAUUUGAUGGACUUGGAAUAAAGCUCGCACUGGUUUGCAUCUGUGUGUGUUCUCAAAGUAAGAAAAAGACUAUUUAGUUGUUUUAGUUGCAUCUAAAACUGUAUUCUCUUUGCCAAAGUUUUACAUGCUGUGCUAGAAAAUUUGUUUGGUAUAAACGUCCAUUGUGCAUGUUUGUUAUGCUGAUAUAUGCAUAAUAUCUAGCCUGAGUAUUUUGGCUAUUUGUGUGUGCGUUUUUUUGUUUUUGUUUUUUUUAGAGAAUUCCUGACUACCUGAUAAGCUGUAUGAUUGUUGUCCUUGACGUGUGUUAAACAUUUAGCUUUAGAAGCACUACAUUUAAACCUUUAUGUUAAUCGUAAGCUGCGAAAUACAACUCUAGCAUUAUACCAUUCCCACAAAUGUAUUUGUGGUGUGUUAACAGUGAUCCCUCUCUAGAACUACCUUUUUUUUUUUUUUUAAUCUACUAAUGAAGUUGUGAAUUUCAAUGUUUUUACUGCACUGUUAUUAUGGAUAUCCAGUAAGUAGCUAAACAUAUUGUCUCAUAGCUAAAUGUUUAGCAUUGUAUAUGCGUGUGCGUUUGUGUGUUGCAGAAACAACUUUAAAAAAACAAACUCAAUAUUUAAAAAUGACAUGUUAUCAUGCCAAAUCUUGAUACUUUAUAUACAAUUAAAGCAAUAAAUUGUGGCCUAUAGCCUAGAUAAGCUAAUUAACUAUAUCACAAUUGUAUGUGUUUUACAUAUGGUGCAGUAGCUUCUUAAAUGGAGCUCCGUCCAUACUCAAAGAUUUCCUGCAACAUGCAUACUGUACCCAAUGACACAUUUUGGGUGCUUAAAUGCUAAAAUUGGGUGUCUUUUUUUUUUUUUGUAAUGUAGUCUUUUUAAAGACUUUGUAGGAAUGCUUCCUGUACAUUGAAUUUAAUAAACAACUACUGAAAGGA